UUAAUGCUUGAUCAUAGCCAAUGUUUGUCACAUUCAUAACGCAAGAAAGUUUGUAUAUUGUAUACGAUAAUCUGAAGCAUUAAUCUUUUCUUGAAGGAUAAUUUUAUAUAUUAUUAAUAGUUGGUUAAAAGCAUAACAAAAACGUGACUAAACUAAAUACCAGACUAUAUCGAAGCCAUUGUGACGAUGUCUACAGACUUUUAUAUACGUUAUUAUGUUGGUCAUAAAGGAAAAUUUGGUCACGAAUUUUUGGAAUUCGAAUUUAGACCAGACGGCAAAUUACGAUAUGCAAAUAAUUCAAAUUACAAAAACGAUACAAUGAUUCGUAAGGAAGCCUAUGUACAUCAAUGUGUGAUGGAAGAACUGAAAAGAAUCAUUCAAGACUCUGAAAUCAUGCAGGAAGAUGAUUCUCUGUGGCCACAACCUGAUCGAGUUGGGCGACAGGAAUUAGAAAUUGUAAUUGGAGAUGAACACAUAUCGUUCACAACAUCUAAAACUGGUUCUUUACUAGAUGUUAAUCAGUCACGUGAUCCAGAAGGUCUACGAUGCUUCUAUUACCUUGUACAGGACCUUAAAUGUUUAGUAUUUUCUCUUAUAGGACUUCAUUUUAAAAUUAAACCUAUAUAAAUACAUACAAUUAUUUUAUAAUCUAUUUCAAACUUAAAUAAAUGUAAUGUAUUUGAUUAAGGAAAUAUAUGACCAUUUUUAAUUAA